UACAGCAUAUAUAAGCAGAGCUAAAACUAACCUCACUGUCAGUUUGGAUUUGAACAGGUUUAGAGAAUUGGUGUUUGUAAGAGAUUCUGGAUUAUACGUAAUCAUCAAAAGACAUCAUGUCACGAGUACCAGUUGUCCCAGAUAAUUCAGCUACGCUGGGGGAUAGACCUAUGACUAUAGCGCGUCGUAUGGUACGUGACAGAGAACGAAUGCUAGGAAUGACCGACGAGGAGCGGGCAUGGAGAAAGAAAUGGUUAGACGCUCAGAAACUCGCGCCUGAAGAACCGGUGUAUCCCAAGGGUUACUACGAACAGAUGUACAAUCCAAUCAGAAGAUUCUACAAAGCACCUAUGAACAAAUUCGAGAAUAUGUUGACACCAACUAUAGGUAGAACUCCAGCGGCCAUAACGCGACACUUAAUAAGCAAAGUAACGAUGGCUGUUUUUGCACUUUAUGCGACCUAUUAUUAUAUGAAAUAUAAUAGAAUGCUUGAUCUCAGAAAUGAUGGUCGAUCCAAGUUUCAGUAUCGUCCUAUCGAGAUCGAAACCAAGCUGAUGAAACAUACCCAUGGAUCAGCGAGAUUACGCAUAGGCAACAUUACAGAUGUAUUAGUCAGUGUAAAACUUGAAAUUGACGUACCAUAUUCUGAAAGACCAGAUGAAGGCAAAUUGGAAUUUUUUGUAGACUGUUCUGCUAACGCUACACCGGCAUUCGAGGGCAAAGGCGGAGAUGAUUUGGCUACUGAAAUUAGCAAUAUCCUUUCCAUGGCUUACCAGACACCAGACGCCUUUAAUUUGAAGCAACUGUGUAUAAUACCUCAUCAGAAAUGUUGGAAAAUGUAUGUGGACAUUUUGAUCCUUCAAUGCGGUGGAAAUUUAUUCGAUGCUGUAGGUGCUGCAGUGAAGGCAGCAUUGUAUAAUACUGAAAUUCCAAAAGUGAUCACAGCCAUACUCGAUGGUGGAGAACCAGAUAUUCAGGUAUCAGACGAUCCUUACGACUGCAUUAAACUGGACGUUACAAAUUAUCCAGUAGUACUAACAGUAUGCAAGAUUGGAGACAACUUUGUGAUAGAUCCAACGUCGGAAGAAGAAUCUUGCAGUACCGUUAGUAUCCUUAUGUCCGUGAUGCCGAACGGCAAGGUGACGUCUGUAGUCAAACUGGGAUACGGCAGCUUGUUGCCUACCACCUUGAUUAACAUGUUGCAGAUUGGAAAAGAUAUCAGUUUCAAGCUAAACGAAGCUCUUAUGAAGGGAUUGGAAGAGGAAAACAAGCUCGGUCCAACAAAACCCAUAUUUGGAUUUCUUAGAUAACAGUGCGCGAUACGUUGUUAUGGAUUUUGAAAAAUACAAAUAUAUUUUUUUCAAAUUCUUAGUUGUGGACUUAUUAGACUGCGCAGUAUUUCUCGCUAUUUGGUUGUAAUUGUUACGACGCGACAUUUCUCAAACUCUAACAAAUAGCAUUUUUUAUAUUUAAAAAAUUUUAAGACAGCAAUGAGAAUAAGAUUGCAAAAUAAAGUAUCAAUAUCAUAGUUUCAAUAGCACUAUUGAAUAUAGUGUGACAAUAUUUAAUUUAAUUGUGGAAAUUAUGUAUGUGUGUGCGUGCGAUUUUAUAGAGCAUAUGAAUUUGAAAAUUAGACUUUGGAAGAAAAUCCUCAUAAAGCGACAUGAAAGAUAUGUGUAUGCAUAGAGUAAUCAGUCAAAUAAACGAUACCAGAGUCAUGUGUAUAAGUUUCAACAUACACACACGCACACAUAACUGUACUAUUCUUUUUUAAUAAUAAUUGUCCCAUCUUCUGUAAUUCGGGAAAAUACAUAAAAGUCUCUUAAAACUUCAAUAAUUUUGAACUCUGAAAUUUAGCGGCGCUCAUUUAUCGAUUCCACGGCAUUUUCUUUCUUUUAUUCUUUUUACAUAGAAAACUCACGUCGCGCUUUAUCCGAGGCGUGUUCAACUGUUUGUACUUUAAUUGUUAACAUUGGCCUCCACUCGCUUUGAUUACAUCUUGACAGGCGGAUUAUUGAGUGCUCGAUAAUCAAAGUCGAUAAAUGACACGCGCGCGAUGAAGUCGGCUCCAGUGAAUGUACAGAAAGUAAUACGUUUCUCGUCCACAAGAAUUAACGUUGAGAAAAAUAAUUUCUGACGCGAUUAUUUCAAUAAUCGGCACUCUGUUUUACAGUAGGAUAAGAAUACUGUCGUAUAAAUAUCCUCCAUGAAGUCAGUUCGUUAUAAUAUGGGCAGGGAAGCAGAAAAAUUCGCACGAAGCUCGAGCUAUGAUAACGAAAUCCGUUGUUUCAUUUCUUCUCAUAUUUUUUUUUUCAACGAUUCCUUAAAUAGAGUGGCUAUUACAAUGAUUAUGUUGAAAGUAGUGCUGAAAGUAGUGAAAGAUAUCUUUUCUUUUAGUUUCUUAUAAAUAUUCUGUUCUUAUACACAGUAGCGUUUUUCUUCCUCUUAUGAAUUUGUUAAUAGUUUGUACAGAGGUCCUAGCGUAAGUAAUUCUUACAAGAUAAUAGAAUCGUUCUCUAAUAUGUAAUCGUGUGUGUAGUUACAAGUUCGUUAACGCGUAUGUAUAUAUGUAUAUAUAGAUCGAAAAUCGGAUAUCCGAUUUUAGCAGCGGUGACAUCGUCGAGCGACAUAUAGGAACCUUCCUUUCACACACACAUUCUCUCUUUUUCUUUCUCUCUGGCUCUUUUUCGCAACUUGAAAACAAUUGAACUUGAUGAGGACUAAAUAUCGCAUUUUUGCAUGGUUAUCAACGCGAAAUUAACUUCUCGCAUGUAAAACAACGUUGGAUACGAAUGCAUUUGUUAUUGCAUCAUGCAGCGUAUUUAAGUCGGAAUCUUUGAUUAGUUUGAUUACCAUAAAUAAAUUAUAGAACGCCAGUCAA